AUGCAGUUCACCACCGCUCUCUCCAUCUUGGCCAUCGCCACCACCGCCGUGGCCGUCCCCGCCGCUCAGGACAGCACUGCGUCUCUUGAGUCUCAGGUGAAGGAGGUGGCCGCUCAGCGGGGCACCUCUGAUGGCACCAUUAGCACCGUCACGGAGGCACAAUGCGUUCCUCCCAUUCUGUGCUGUGGCUCCCUCACCACUCCUCUUGACCCUCUUGUCGACCCUAUCCUCUUGGACCUGGGUAUUGAUGCUUCCAACAUUGUUGGCUCCAUCGGUCUUCUUUGCAAGGACUACGACGACAGCUGCUCGUCGGAACCUCAGUGCUGCACUGAGAUCAACCUUUUGAACGGUCUUCUGGCUCUCGGAUGCUCUACCCUGGAGCAGUAA